AUGACAUCCACCUUUCUUUGUUUUCUGAAAAUCCUGGUCCUGGUGUCCUCCUCCCUCCUGGCUUCUGGGCGCUGUGAUGCGAUCCUGGGUGUGCUGCAUCAUCGCCGGGGCCACGUGCUCAAUGUUUAUCAUCAGGAAGGGGAGGGAGCAGGAGAGACGGAGAGAUCUUUCUCUCUUUUGGUCCGGUGCAGCAAACAGACACGCUCACACUCGCACCCAGUUCGUGCCACUCGAGGGGACGGAGACGGGGAAAAGCCAGACCGCACAGUGCCAGCCGCAGAAGCACCAGAACGACGCCACAGGUUGCUGUCCAGGAUGGCGGCCAUGAAGGAGCAGCAGUUCACCGAGGAGAAGCCCCUGCUGCCGGAGCAGAGAGGUGCAGACUCAGACCUGCAGGAUAAAGGAGAGGAGGCCGCGGAGGGGCUCCCGUGCCCCGCCAGCCCCACGCCCCCUAACCAACCCCCUCCCCCCCGCCGCCCCACACACCGCUGGCAUGUCAUCGCACGGCACUGGCUCCGCCAGACCCGCCGUCGGACCAGCGGGGUCAUCCCGGAGAGCUGUGAUCAGCUGAUGCCGCCAGGCGACUGGAAGGAACAUGAUCUUGAGACCCCUUAUGGGAUGCUCCAUGUGGUUAUCCGAGGGGCACCCAAAGGAAACAAGCCAGCAAUCCUCACCUACCACGACGUGGGGCUGAACCACAAGCUGUGCUUCAACACUUUCUUCAAUAAUGAGGACAUGCAGGAGAUCACCAAGCACUUUGUGGUGUGUCACGUUGAUGCCCCGGGGCAGCAGAUCGGAGCCUCACAGUUACCACAAGGCUACCAGUACCCGACCAUGGACCAGCUGGCCGGCAUGCUGCCCACUGUGGUGCAGCACUUUGGAUUCAAGAGCAUCGUUGGGAUCGGAGUUGGAGCUGGAGCUUAUAUCCUGGCCAAGUUUGCUCUGAUUUUCCCUGACCUGGUGGAGGGUUUGGUUCUGCUCAACAUCGACCCAAACGGCAAAGGAUGGAUCGACUGGGCUGCCACUAAGCUGUCCGGUCUGACCAGCACCAUCCCAGAUGUCGUGCUGCCACAUCUUUUCAGUCAGGAGGAACUGAUGAGCAACACAGAGCUGGUGCAGAGCUACCGGCAACAGAUCAACAACACGGUCAACCACUUCAACCUGCAGCUCUUCUGGAACAUGUACAACAGCCGGAGGGACCUGGAGAUGAACCGCAGUGGGACGGUGCUCAACGCCAAGACCCUGAAGUGUCCCGUCAUGCUGGUGGUGGGAGACAACGCCCCUGCUGAGGAGGGAGUGGUCGAGUGCAACUCCAAGUUGGACCCCACCAACACCACCUUCCUGAAGAUGGCCGACUCUGGCGGACUCCCUCAGCUCACGCAGCCCGGCAAGCUGACCGAAGCUUUCAAAUACUUCCUGCAGGGGAUGGGCUACAUCGCUUAUGUGAAGGAUCGGAGGUUGAGUGGAGGGCCAGUGCCCUCCGCCAGCAUGACCCGCCUGGCUCGCUCCAGGACGGCCUCCCUGACCAGCGCCGGCUCCAUGGAGGGGAACCGCUCGCGGGCCUGCACCAACUCCGAAGGCAACGAGGGGGUGGGCGCGGUCACCCAGACCAUGGAGGUGUCCUGCUGAGGAGCCGGGGGAGAAAAACAGGGGAGGGGGGAGGGGCUCAGGGGAAGAGCAGCAUUAGCCUUCCCUCCUGAGCCCUCUGUCCGCCAUCCUCCCCCCAUCGCUGUAAGAUACCAUACGUAUUGUCACUAACAUCCUCACCUCUAAACUUCCGCCUCGGCCCCCCCGUUGGCCCCAACACCUGG